AUGGCGACGUCAAUCGCCUCGCAAUUGCAGGCAAUCAAAUCACUGAUUAAAGCCGAUUCGGAGCCACUCAGGCGACCCUUCACUCGUCCUUCUAUCCUAUUCGACCCCAGAGAAGCCGCCGAUAUCGACCUCGACACCAUCCUCAACAUCGCGCUCUCAGGUUUGGAGGUGCUUAUAAACACGGAUGAAAGAUUUAGGAACUAUAAGAAUGAUUUGUUUAGUCACAAGAGUAAAGAAUUGGAUAGAGAAUUAUCGGGCGUAGAGGAUAAUAACCGAAUUAAUGCUUCUAUUAGUACAUACUUGCGGUUACUAUCAGGCCAUUUUCAAUUGCCUUCGGCAUUAAAGACGCUUGAGUACUUGAUACGUAGAUACAAGAUUCAUGUGUACAACACGGAGGAACUUAUUCUAUGUGCUUUGCCAUAUCAUGACACUCAUGUUUUUGUUCGAGUAGUUCAGUUAAUUGACACAGGAAAUAGUAGAUGGAAGUUUUUUGAUGCAGUUAAAGCUUCAGGUGCACCGCCACCAAGAAAGGUUAUUGUGCAACAAUGCAUCCGUGAUAUGGGGGUGUUGGAGGCCUCACCUACAAAGAAGUUGCAGAUGCCGAGGCCUGUUAUUAGCUUCUGCACAGCAGUUGUUGUUGAGGUUUUGGGUUCUCUCACAGUUGUUGACAAUGAUGUGGUGAAGAGAGUUUUGCCGUACGUGGUUUCUGGACUUCAGCCUGGUUCCAAAGGAGGAGAGGAUCACAAGGCUGGCGCUAUGAUGAUUGUGGGCUUACUUGCUAAUAGGGUAACGUUGUCCCCCAAUCUUGUCAAAAGUUUGAUUCGCUCAAUCGCUAAUGUAGCUCGAGAGGAUGCGAUAGAAUCAAUUGACUUGCAAUGGUUGCAUAUGUCGUUUAUGGCUUUGAUCAACCUUGUUCAGUUGCAAUCUGUCGAAAUGUUCCCCAAGAAGACUGUGGAUAUCCUGAAGGAGAUCAGGUAUCACUAAUGACCUUAAAUCUCAGCAGAGACUUGGAGCUUG